AUGACGCCAUCAUUUUACGUCAGUCACGGACAGGACGCAGUUUCCGGUGCGCCAUUUUAAGCAAGUUCCACUGGGAAGAUGGCGGGUGAAACUGGUUGAGUUACUGCGGUUUACCAAAUAUGAGUUUUAUGUCAAUAAACGAAACACGUCGCUGCUGUUGAUUGUGCAGAAAGCUCGGCGGUGUGUCGAAGUGCCGCGCGAGGAGGAGAUGUCUGCCGAGGUCCUCAGACCUGGGCCGGUUGCCGGCGGAGGCAGUAAGCUGGGUGAGCUGAUCGGGAAGCUCCAUGAGUACUUGGCAGCAGCCACGGAAGACAGGACUGAACCUACUUUACCCGGACACUGGAAUGGAACCACAGCCAAAGAAUACUUGGAGCAGCAGGCUCACGCCCAGUCCAGUGGCCUCUCAGAAGUGGGAAUGUUGUCGUCAUCUCGUUCGAGAAGGAAACCGGCUGUUGUCACCAAACACAGCGGGAUGAACGAGUCCGACGCUUCGUCUGAGAGUGGAGCAGAAGAUGGGAUGUCUGUCCACUCCAGCGACCCAGACACCAACUUCCUACCCAAAGGAACUGUGUUUGUGCUGCCGGAGCCGGUCGGUAAUGAAGCACGUGAUGAUUUCCGUGGUCCAGAAUUCCGCAGCAGACGCAUUUACAAGCAGCACAGGGACGGUGGCGACAGACGCAGAGGAGGAUAUGAGUUGGAGAGGGUAAACUGCACAGCGUGUGGUCAGCAGGUGAAUCAUUUCCAGCGUGACUCAGUCUACAGGCACCCUAUGCUCAAAGUCCUCAUCUGCAAGAGUUGUUUUAAGUAUUAUAUGAGUGAUGACAUCAGCAAAGAUUCAGAGGGGAUGGACGAGCAAUGCAGGUGGUGUGCAGAGGGAGGCAGUCUGAUUGGCUGUGAUUACUGCAGUAAUGCUUUCUGUAAGAAGUGUGUUCUGCGUAACCUGGGGAGGAAGGAGCUGUCCACCAUCCUGGAGGAGGAGAGGAAGUGGUACUGUUAUGUGUGCAGUCCUGAGCCAUUGGUGGAGCUGGUUUUGGCCUGUGAUUCGGUUCUAGAGAGCUUAGAGCAGGCUCAGAAACGAGCCUCCCGUACUGAGCCAAACUCUGUCCGGGGGAGGGCUAAUAAAGGUGGUCGUGGUGUGGCCUAUAUGAUGGGGACAGGAGGUGGAUCGGUGCCCUCUGCAGGCCUUUACCAGCGAAUGCAGCGCUUUGUAGAUGUUACCACAUCUCUGAGCCAUUCCUUCAAGGCAGUCGUUCAAAGUGAAAGAGAGGAACAAGGAACCCAAGAAGAGAGAAUUGGGCAGCUAAGGAUAUUCCGCACUGUGCUGGAUGAUCUGCAAGCUGCCAACAGUGCAUUACAGGAAUCCCUAGACCAUGAGCUGACUGGGUCCAAACGUGCCUGUGGAGUUGAAAGGCAUAAGCCAAAAGGGAAGGGCAGACAGAAAAAGGGAAUGUCAUCACAGAGCCCAGGACUCACUAAAAAGCUGGUGGUUAAACUCACUCCUGUACCGGUUAGUCCACAACCCAUCAGCAGUACGUGUCUUUCCAUUCAUCCAUCACCUGACAGACAAAAGAUAAAUAGUGGGGUGACAGAUGGAGCACUCAAAGAAAGAGGGACAGUGGUGGAGAUAGAAAAGGGGAUGGAAAUGGAGGGAAUGGCUGAGAGAGGAGAAGAUGUAGAGAAUUAUUGUGUUAAUAAUGACGAGGAGGAGGAGGAGGAAGAUGAUGAUGAGGAGGAGGAAGAGGACCAGACUGACCAAAAAAGUUUGUCUUUAUCAGAGGAGAAUAAACGUUCUCCACGUGUGAAAACCACACCACGUCGGCGGCGGACGAACCCGAGCACCACAGCUGAGCAUGCUGGUUUAGCUGAGGAUGACUCUGAUUCUGACGAGGUGCCUGAAGUGUUGCUCCAGACCGCUGCUGCCAUGGCGAACAGCGAGGAAGAGGGUUUGGUAGGUAGCAGUUGGGACGGGGAUGAGAUAAACCAGCACGUCAGAAAGCAGUGUCUCUUUGGACUGGUAAAAACCACACCUCCAGACAGAGGCUCUCGUAAGCGGAAUCUCAAAGAGAGAUCUUCAUCAUCCUCAUCAUCCUCUUCUGCAUCUUCAACGAGGGGCUCCCAGGACCAGGGGUCAACGGUCAGAAUUACCAGGGGAAGAGCCCACAAAGUUGCCAGGAUGUCUGGACAGAGUGGGAGUUCGUCAAGUGAGGUGGGAGGACAGGAACUGGAGAGUGGGCAGAGCAGUGACUCUGACGAUCAGAGGAUCAAACCGCUGACAGAGGGCGUCACAUUGCUGGCCUCUGGAAAUUUACAGCAGUCUUCUGGUGAUGAGAUGGACAUCCAGCCAGGUCCGUCUUUGUCUGUGGAGGACGAUGAUGUAGAAAAUAGAGAGCAUGAGAGAAGAGCAAGACCAGAACAUCAGAGACAACAGAAGAGGAAGGGGUAUAAUGUGCAGAAUGAUGUCUCUCUGACCAAUGAGGAGCAUGUGGGGGGCACCCCUCGAGGGCGGAGGCAGAUCAGACGGCUUCUGGAGGUGGAUCAGCUGGCCCAGGAGACACGGAGGAGAUUAGCAGAGAGAGAAAAACAGAGAUUGGAAAUUGAGGACAUUUUUUUUUUUAGAUUUAUUUUAAGGUAUUCGGUUCAGAUUAUGGUCCUAAAUGGGUCAAGUCGGAGUGUGAAGACGACUCCAGGUUCUGGCUGUAUUCUCGCCCACUGCACGAGCCUGGGAAAGACCUUUCAGGUCAUUGUGUUGCUUCACUCAGUGCUGCUAUUUAAAGAGCUGCCACUGAACAGAGCUCUGGUGAUGGCAGAGCUGGCCACGGUGAAGUCUGUGCCUGUUCGUGUUGAGCUGUUGAAUGACUGGUUUACGAAUGGUGGCGUAAUGAUCAUGGGUUAUGAGGUUUUUCGUACACUGACACACACAGAUGUUCAGAAAUACAGUGACCACAAAGAAGCCCUCCGCUCAAUGCUCCUGGAUCCAGGCCCUGAUAUGGUGGUAUGUGAUGAGGGUCAUGUCCUUAGGAAUGCAGACUCCAGCAACUCAAAAGCCAUGUGAGCUCUUCAGACAUGUAGGAGAAUCAUACUGACGGGAACACCGCUUCAAAACAACCUUACUGAGUAUCACUGCAUGGUGAACUUCAUUAAGGAGAACCUGCUGGGCUCUCUAAAGGAGUUCCGGAACCGUUUUAUUAAUCCAAUUCAGAAUGGUCAGUGCGCAGACUCCACACCUGCUGAUGUCAGACUCAUGAAGAAUAGAUUGCAUGCCCUUCAUCAAUUGAUGUCAGGAUUCAUUCUGAGGCUGGACUACUCAGUCUUGAUGGCCUGUUUGAAUUCGUGCUCUGCAUUUAACCCAUCCAAAGUGCACACACACAGCAGUGAACACACACACCAUGAACACACACCCGGAGCAGUGGGCAGCCAUUUAUGCUGCGGCGCCCGAGGAGCAGUU